CAUCAAGGUGCUGCCCUCUUCCGGUGCUGCUCGAAUGAUGCAUCCAUGGGCGUCGUUCCCCGGUCGAACAGGGUCCGUGCGGAAGAAGUCUUGCAGCCCCUCCAUUCUCUCGUGGAUCAAGGAAUAUUUGUUCGUGGACACAUGCCACCGUUGCGAAUCGGCGAAUGAGGAACAAAAUAUUGUUAUGUUAUCAUGAAGGCACAGCCACGACGGCAACUAGCGGGGUGUCUUCACGAGUGACUUCGUCCACAACGGGCUCGACGCCCUUCAAGCGCUCGAUCAGGUCUUCCAGGAUCGUCCAGACAAGCCAGAGAAACACAGUGGGGGCGACAGCGUACACGGACACGGUAUGGGGAGCAGUCGAUUCGCGAAAGACCACCACAACCAACGCACUUAUACAAAGGAGCGCCAAGGAGUAGAUGCGGAAGGCGUACGCAGUCGCAGCAGGAGAAGGCUUGCCUUCGUGGUCAUUGUGGGACAGAGAAGUUGUGAUGGCGUCCUUGAACGAGUUGGGGACGACGAAGAGGAACGCGAGGGCCGCCACGGCCGCCACGGCAACCCACACGUGAACCACGUCGGCCACAGCUGCAGGGGAGACAUGCCACAAGAGAGCAAAGCCGGCGGCGGACACGAGCAGGACGAGGACGCGCCACAGCGAGAACGCAGACAUCGGGGGGAAGUUCGAAAAUGACACGCAAGGAAGUAUCGACAAAGAUACCGUGCAGAUGACUCUGGGCUGUGCACAGACCGCGCAGCUGAGAACGGGUCAAGCGUUACCGUACGAAAUCGCGCAAAAUAGAACAAAUGGAGUCGAAAUAUACACUUUUGACCAGACACA